AUGCGCCGUCUUCUCCCACAACUGCGCAAUAUGACACGGCCACAGGCCCGCGGGCGACAACCUCCAAGAGAGCCGACACGCGAGUUCGAGGCCAUGCACGUCGACUGGCGCGACGCAAGACGAUCAACAUGGUCCAGCGCUCCGUUCCAGGCGACGUAUGGCGCCGUUUAUGACGAGGACGAUGGCCCGUACCAGCAGGACCGUUCAUACCAAAAUCGCACCACCGGGGGUGUGAACCAGCCAGACCAGUUCGACGAUCGCGAUGGUGACUGGUCCCGCCACAACGACGGCAUGAACAACGGUGGUCAGAGCAACAGCAACUACAACCGUCGGGACCGCUUCUCUGAGGGACAUGCUGCUGAGGACCGCACCAAGCAAGCCUACUCCGGCAGCAGGCAUACAGCCUACAAAACCACAAGCUACUCCUCUUACCAGUCCGAUCGCCCUGGCCCACCGACAUCCCAAAGCCCUCCUUCGCGCGGGUUCAGCAACCGCGCGACGCCACCCGGGCUCGUUGGCAAGUUCCGCUCCCACCGGAACGAAUAUCCGCGCAGCUCGCGUACCCGCGACACGUUUCAGCUAAAACCUCCCCGACCGCUGUACAUAGCGUACUCGUGCGAGCGUUACACCACUUCCGGCCCGGCGGUCCCCAAGCUCCUCGUCCUCGAUCUCAACGGGGCGCUGGUAUAUCGCAACGAGAGAGGAUCCACUUCCCGCACAGCAUACCCUCGCCCCUUCCUCGCCAACUUCCUUUCUUAUCUUUUCGGCAACGACCCCGACGGCCGUGGGUACGAGGUACUCGUGUGGUCGUCGGCGCAGCCACACAAUGUGCGCAACAUGGUCGAGUCGACGUUUGAACCGGACCUGUACAGAGGCGUGUGGAAAACGGAGCCGCAUGAAGAGAAGGAGGGAAGCGAGGAGGAGGGAAGCGAGAGGGAGGGAAGCGAGGCGCGAGGCGAGGGCCGCCUCCUCAACGUGUGGGCACGUGACAAGAUGGGCCUCAGCCAGGCUGCGUAUCGCCAAAAGGUCCAGACCGUCAAGGACCUACGCAAGGUCACGGACGAGUUCAAGGCGUACGACGAGAAGACGACAGUGCUGCUCGACGACAGCCCUUUGAAGGCCAUGCACCAGCCGUGGUCGCAGGUGAUUAUCCCGGAAUACGACAGGCCCGAAUUCACGAAAGCGCGGAGCGCGGCCGAUCACCUGUGGUCGACCACAACAGACAUUGGCGUUACGCCCACCACGGCGGACGGCUCGGAAGAGCCGGGAAUGGACAAUAUCCUCCUCGGCGUCAUUGGAAUCCUGGAGGCACUGCGCGGUGUCGACAACGUCCCGGGGUGGGUGCGCGCGGGCCACAUCAACACGCCGGAAAUGAUCGCCGAGCACCCAAGCCACACGAUUACGCUCGCUGACCUGCCGAGCGACGAGGGCUUCGUGCCCUGGUUCAAGGACGCGGCGGCGCACGCCUACUGGGUCAAACGUGGGAAGGAGGCGCUGGCCCGCCGCCGCAUUCCCGUGACGCACGGGCUCAUGCGUGACGGGCACGGUGCUACACCCAAGCGCCUUGAGGCAUACAAGGAUGCGCUGGACCGCAGUGGCGCUGGUGUGGAGGGACGAGGGCGUAUGCAGCGCAGCCGUGACCGGCAGCCGAUAGACACCUGCCAGCCCCCGAUCGUCCCCAGUGACGUUGAGGUUGCGGAGCUCCCUGAUCAGACAGAAGACGCUACGAAGACGCGGUACAAGGGAAAGCAGAACAAGUCGAAGAAGCGUGAGCAGCGGAAGGGGCAGAAAGUACAGGCCGAUAUGGAGGCGGCCAACGCGGAUCCGCGCAAGCUGCGUGAGGACAGCGUUUUGAGUGUCUCGGACGAGCCGCGCGACGACCUUCCCCCCGGGUCGGUGCCGUCGCCAUUCUUCGUGACGUCUAGUGGGACCAACACCCCGAACUCGGACGGGCGCAGGUACGCGACGUGGGCGACUCAGCCCUCACGACCCCCCGAGGCCUCGGCCUCGCAGGACCAAGCCCCGCGCACCUUGUCCCCAUCUCCGGAGCGCGACGAGCGCGCAUACUCUCCUUCCUUACCUGUGGAUAGACUCGGAUAG